AUGGAAAGUAAAAAAUCCGUAUUACACUCUCUUCCAACAAUAAAAACAUUGGAAAGUUCUUCACAGGAUGCACAUAUUCCUGGUCUUGUAGCAAUAGUUGUCAAUUCGACUGAUAUACUCUAUGAGCAAGCUAUUGGCUAUCAUUCGCCAAAUGAACGUAAAUCAAUGGAUUCAUCAAAAUCAAUAUUUAUCUUGGCUUCGAUAUCAAAAACAUUUAUUUCUAUAGCAGUUAUACAACUAGUAGAAUUAAAUCAUUUAAAUCUUGACAUAGAUAUCAAUGAUUAUUUAUCAUUACCAAUAAAAAUCAUUCAUCCAUUAUAUCCAAAUAGUAUAAUUACUCUGAGGCAUUUACUCUCACAUACAUCUGGUAUUGCAUCAAAUUUUGAAGAAGAACUUGGAUUUAAUCAACCAAAUGAUGAUUUUACUCGAACAAAUCUUACUGAAACUAUUUUGAAAUAUUUGAAUAAUAAAUCAAAUUGGUUAUCUCAAUCACCCGGUAAUAUUACAGAAUAUUCAAAUAUUGGUGUUUGUUUAGCGGCAUUAAUUGUUGAGCAUGUAACUCAUGUGUCAUUUGAAGAAUAUGUUCAAGAGAAGAUUCUUAAAAGUCUAGGUAUCAUGAAUAAUGAAGCUGGUUAUCGUAUUAGUAACUUUGAAAAUCGAAAUGAAGAUCUUGUAGAACAUUAUAUAUAUAAUUCUUCAUGGUUAGAGAAAUUUCAAAAUUUAGUACCACAAUUAAAUAUUGUUCAAACUAGUAAUUCAUCUGAUUGGCUCUAUAUUCCUCAUUAUGGUGGAUAUGAUUAUCCAGCUGGUUUUCUUCGUAUGUCAGCUCAUUCACUUGCUAUUUUUCUCCAAUCAUUUCUUAAUAAUUUUUCAUCUCUCUUACAAAAUUCAUCUUCUGUUGAUGAAAUGCUUCGAAUUGUUCGACAUGAAAAAUCAGAUGUUGAAUUUGGUUUAAUAUGGAAUUGGAGAAAUAUUGGAGGACGAUAUUUAGUAGGACAUCGAGGUGCUAUACCAGGUAUUACUAAUAUUAUGAUGGCAAAUGAACAACGAACACUCGGUGUAAUUAUUUUAUCAAAUGGUGAUAUAUCAAAAAAUGAUGAUCAAUCAACAAAAGUUUACGAAACAAUUAUUAAUAUUAUGUCACAAUUAUUUGAUUACUUUGAAGAAAUAUAA